AUGUCAUUGAAGCGACCUGGAGAUACUCGUUGGAGUUCACAUUACGGUACUCUUGUCAACUUGAUACAUUUAUAUUCUUCUAUUGUUGAUGUUCUUGAGUAUGUUGGGGAGAAUGGUCUUGACGAUUCAAUAAGGGCUGAAGCUGAUGAUGUACUAGAAAUUAUAAAUAGUUUUGAGUUUGUCUUUGUUUUACAUCUUAUGAAGCAAAUCUUGGGAAUCACACAUGAACUCUCCCAAGUGCUACAAAAGAAAGAUCAAGACAUUGUUAAUGCGAUGAAUCUUGUCAAGGUAGCAAAAUCACGUCUGCAAAUAAUGAGGGAAAAAGAUUGGGAUGUAUUGCUUGCUGAUGUUUCUAAGUUUGUAGCAAAUAUGAACUGGAUGUGCUUGACAUGGAAGAUGACUCAAGAGUUGAAUCAACGUUUUGAUGAAGUCAACACAGACUUAGUUUUAUGCAUGUCAUGUUUUGAUCCUAGGGAUUUAUUUUCUGCAUUUGAUUUGGAGAAGCUGCUUCGUCUUGCACGGUAUUAUCCUUCUGAAUUUUCUGAAGUUGCUUUGUCCGAGCUUAAAAGUCAACUUGAGAACUUUAUUUUCGAUGUGCGCAUAGAUGAAAAGUUUUCACAAAUAUCAGGAAUCAGUGGUCUUGCUCAAAAGAUGGUUUCUACAAGGAAACAUGAAGUUUUUCCAAUGGUUAAUUCAUUAGUUAAGUUGUCAUUGAUCUUACCAGUUGCCACUGCAUCAGUAGAAAGAGCCUUUUCAGCAAUGAAGAUCAUCAAGAUUUCUCUACCGGUUUCAGAAGAUGAAGAAUAG